CCUCUCUUGGGGUCAGUGAAAAAUAGGGUCCCAGUCUAAACCGCGUGUGGGAGCGAAAAUGCGAAGAAGCAAACAAAGCAGACCGUAAAAACACGUCAACGCCGUCACUCAACCGCCUGCAUCUUCAGCACAACCCCAAACCUCCGACCCGCCCUCUCUCUCUCUAGAUAGAUAGUAUUUCCUCUCUCUCUCUCUCUCUAAAACUCUCUCUCUCUCCUCACAUUUCAUUUAAUCAGCUGUGACAAAGGAACAGCAACAACAACAGUGGACUCCGGCGGUUACUCUUAGCCGGUGACUUGAUUUGUCCGGCGAUCUCUCAUUCGAUCCCUGAUUCUCUCGAUGUCGAUAAGAACCAUUAAAGUCAGCAAUGUUUCCCUAGGGGCAACUUUGCAAGACGUCAAGGAGUUCUUUUCCUUUUCUGGUGAUAUUGAAUAUGUUGAAAUGCUGAGUCAUACUGAGCGAUCCCAAAUAGCAUUUGUUACCUUCAAGGAUUCGCAAGGAGCACAGACUGCAGUCUUACUUUCGGGAGCAACAAUAGUUGAUCUGACCGUCACCAUAAAUCUGGAUCCAGAUUAUCAGCUUCCACCUGCUGCUUUUGCAGCUCCUCUUAAAACAGAAAACAAAACCGCAGGUGGUUCUGAAUCUGCUUUUCGGAAGGCAGAGGAUGUAGUCAGCGGCGUGCUUGCAAAGGGCUUUGUGUUAGGCAAAGAUGCGGUCAGCAAGGUCAAGUCCUUUGAUGAGAAGCACCAGUUGACUUCCACAGCCACAGCUAAGGUUGUUUCUUUUGACAAAAAAAUCGGGCUUAGCGAAAAGUUUAGCGCUGGGACUUCUGUUGUUAAUGAGAAGGUUCGGGGAGUAGAUCAGAAAUUUCAGGUUUCUGACAAAACCAAAUCAGCAUAUGCUGUUGCUGAGCAAAAAGUCAGUAGUGCUGGAUCAGCCAUAAUGAAGAACCCGUAUGUACAAACUGGAACUACGUGGGUGACUGGUGCUUUUAGUAAAGUUGCAAAGGCAGCUGGAGAUGUUGGCCAAAAGACAAAACAGAAGGUAGGAAUGGCUGAAGAGGAACAGCGAAGGAAAAUGGUGGAUGAAUUUGCGCAGAUUCAUUUAUCCGAGUCACCUAAAUCACCAAAUCUGCAGCAAUCUUCAAAGCCCGCACCGGCACAAGGUUUGAUUCUCUGAUUUUUCACUUUCUGUAAAUACAUUGGUCAAAACUUUUCGAUUAUAGAGUCUUGAUAUCCUGCUCCUCCAAUUCAUGGAGGGGUGAAAUGUAGAACAAUGUGCCUUUAUAGUUGGAUUUGAUUGCACUCAAUGUGUUUGACCAUGUGCUUUCUUAAAUUUUUAAUAAAUUGAACUUUGUUGAGUGGUUUGGAUC